AUGGCAGUCGUCAAGACCUCGGAGAUGGACUACGCCAUCAAGCCUGAAGCGUCCGUUCCUUCCGUUGAUACAUCGGAUUGGCCGCUUCUGCUUAAGAACUAUGAGAAGCUGCUCGUUCGGACCGGUCACUUCACUCCUAUCCCUGCUGGCUCCUCUCCCCUGAGCCGUGACUUGAAGUCAUACAUCAGCUCCGGUGUCAUCAACCUUGACAAGCCGUCGAACCCUUCCAGUCAUGAAGUCGUGGCUUGGAUGAAGCGGAUCCUCAGAGCCGAGAAGACUGGUCACAGUGGUACCCUUGAUCCCAAGGUCACCGGUUGUUUGAUCGUCUGUAUUGACCGUGCCACUCGCCUGGUCAAGUCCCAGCAGGGUGCCGGUAAGGAGUAUGUCUGUGUGAUUCGUCUCCACGACAAGAUCCCCGGUGGCGAAGCCCAAUUCGUCCGCGCUCUGGAGACCUUGACUGGUGCGCUCUUCCAGCGUCCCCCUCUGAUCUCCGCUGUCAAGCGCCAGCUCCGUAUCCGUACUAUCCACGAGAGCAAGAACUACGAGUUCGACAAUGAGCGCCACCUCGGUGUCUUCUGGGUCAGCUGUGAGGCCGGUACCUACAUCCGUACCCUCUGUGUCCACCUGGGUCUUCUCCUCGGUGUCGGUGCCCACAUGCAGGAACUUCGCCGUGUUCGCUCUGGAGCUAUGGGUGAGGGCCCUGGUAUGGUCACUUUGCACGAUGUUAUGGACGCCCAGUGGGUCUACGACAACAACCGCGACGAGUCUUACCUCCGCAAGGUCAUCAGCCCCCUGGAGACUUUGCUCACCGGCUACAAGCGUAUUGUCGUCAAGGACAGCGCUGUCAACGCCGUCUGCUACGGUGCCAAGCUCAUGAUUCCUGGUCUUCUCCGCUACGAGGCCGGUAUUGAGUGCCACGAGGAGGUUGUCCUCAUGACCACCAAGGGUGAGGCUAUCGCCAUUGGUAUCGCUCAGAUGUCCACUGUCGAGCUCACCACCUGCGACCACGGCGUUGUUGCCAAGGUCAAGCGUUGCAUCAUGGAGCGUGACCUUUACCCCCGCCGCUGGGGCUUGGGACCCACUGCCCUCGAGAAGAAGAAGAUGAAGACCGCUGGAACUCUCGAUAAAUUCGGCCGCACCAACGAGGCCACACCCGCCCAAUGGAAGAGCGAGUACAAGGACUUCAACCUUCCCAUCACCGGAACCUCCGCUGUUGCACCCGCCGCUGAGACUAAGACCGAGGCCGAGCCCACUAAGGCGGAGUCCCCCGAGCCCGUGAAGGAGGAAGUCGAAGACAAGAAGCGCAAGCGCGACGGCGAGACAGCCGAGGAGAAGGCCGAGCGCAAGAAGAAGAAGAAGGAGAAGAAGGAAAAGAAGGAGCGCCGGAAGUCCAAGCAGGAUGAUAGCGAUGACAGCGAUUAG